AUGAGGGAUGUCCAUGCCAGUAGUAAGCCUAUAGGCUUCCGUUGGCGCUCUUCUAAAUGGUUUAUUCUCUCGACAGUCGCAAUUGCCUUGUUCGCCGAAACAUUCCUCUAUGGCUUCCUUGUGCCUAUGUUACCGUACAUGCUUCGUACGCGACUACAUGAGAAUCAAUCCAGGAUCCAGGAACUCACGUCACUUGUUCUCGCCGUGCAUGGAAUCGUCUCGGUUGUUUCAGGUCCCAUCAUCGGCCACUUCGCUGAUAAAACCUCGAAUCGAAAGCUCCCACUACUACUAUCGCUUGUCGCGUGUAUGAUCGGUACUGGCAUGGUCGCUGGCUCAACCUCGCUUGCUGUUCUCUUCGUCGGUCGUGUGAUGCAGGGCAUUGCCGGAUCCUCCGUAUGGAUUGUUGGCCUCGCGACCGUGGCUGAUACCGUGGGUGGAGAUAAUAUGGGCAAGGUUGAGGGCUUAAUGAUGUCCUUCAUAUAUACUGGAUUAAUAGGCGGGCCAUCCAUUUCUGGUUUGCUCUUGGAACUUGUAGGCUAUUGGCCGACGUGGUCAUUGCCGCUCUUGCUUCUCACUGUAGAUUUUGGCGCGCGUUUUAUCAUGAUCGAAAGCCGAUCAGUGGAGAAUUCUAAUUGCAAGCGAGAAUCGACAGGAUCAGAAACGCAUGACACUACCAGCCCGUUACUCGCUCCCGAGAACGCCCAAACUCCAUCCACCGCAGGGAACUUCUGGCAUAUUAUUCUCACUGAUGUUCGAGCGCUGACUGCAUUGUUCGUUGCCGUGUCGACAACAACGGUUGGCACGAGCUUCCAUGCUACCCUUCCCAUUCAUGUGCAAGAAACAUUCGGCUGGGGCCCCGGAAAAAGCGGGUUCUUGUUCUCUUGUCUCAUUAUGCCAACUCUGUUUAUCAGUCCAUUGGCUGGGUGGUUGCGUGAUCGCUUCGGAGUCCGGUAUCCUGCUAUGGCUUCUGCGGGUUUUCAAGCGGUGAUUCUUGGGCUAUUGGGCCUAGCCGGUACCAACAUUCUCCCUUGGACCGGUACUCAGGCCGGAGGUGGAGCGUUGUAUACAGGCUGCAUUCUCGCCAUUGGUGCAGCGCGACCUUUUACCACGAAUGUGGGCCCCGUCGAACUUUCCGCCAUUGUGAGAGCUUAUCAAGAGGAUUCACCUGGUAUCUUCGGACCUGAAGGGGGCAUGUCGCGUGUUUUCUCUCUUGAUGAUGUUGCUGCAUCGCUUGGGACAGUUCUGGGACCAAUCAUCGGUGGAUCCCUCAAGGAACACUUCGGUUAUACUUGUAUGAGCUUGACUUGGAGCGUUUUGUACAUUAUCCUUGCUAUUCUUGUAAUGUGCUUCCUAGGCAGAAACAACCGCUAG